AUGUUGCCCUCAGGCCGCCUCACGUUCUCCUCCCCACCUUGCGUUCAGCGCAGCACCGUGUCGUCGCUGGAGGACUUCCGCGUGAUGUACGUCAUGUACAGCGUGAUGAGAACCAGCAGAAUGCAGAUGGGGAUGGAGGGGCCGGGUUUGGGCGUCGGCUUCGGCCUGAGGCGCCGCUUGCUCAGUGUGAGCUUGCGCUGGAGACCCACUGCGGUGGUGGUGUACGCGGCGGCCGGAAUUCGCACCCCACACCGCACCAUCGCCCUCAUCGCAGCCGGCGCCAACAAACGCAGCGUGCCUGCGGCCAUGUGUUGA